CAACCCCGUCCCCUCUUCCCAUCCUUUUUGCUCCUGAUUCACAACAAUUUAAAUAAAGAAAUAUUCAGAAAUGUUAUUUUUCAAUGUUUAAUCAGAGUGGAUCUUUAAGAUUUAUGUCUACGGAUGGAUGGGCAGUAACAGCCGUGGUGUCGAUGGGUUUGGCGGCGGUGUUACAUUAGACGGGUGCUUAUCGAUUGCGCUCUGCUGCAGGAAGGCCACCUGCCUUCCGGGAGAGCGCUGGAAAUGUGAGCUCUUCGUCCUUCCUUUGCCCUCGCGUCCUUCUCAUCCCGUCUUCGCUUCCACACUUCUUUGCAUCCCUUUCCACCCCACCCCACCUGGAAUUUGUCCCGUCUCUGCAUCAGAAAGCAGUCCGGCGUGGAGGAGCAUGGCUGCAGCGGAGGGGAGAAUGCACGAGCUGAAAAAUAUCAAAGUUGGAGCCACGUUGGUUAUCAACAAAGACGGUUUGAGCUGGUUUUCUGGAAGAAGAUCCUGUGGGAACAAAAUCACCAGACGGGAGGCGGAGCCUCAGAGGUUGAUGUCCUCAGGUGAGACAGAAGAGGAGCAACAAUCGCUCACCUGCGUCUGCAUUCUUCAUCCAAAUGAAAGAAAUGUAAAUAGGAAGCCGUGGAGACAUACGGAUCAGAGGUCAAGCUUCCUGACGCAGAGCGCCUACUUCCCGUUAUCUGACCACGAUUCUCAGAAAAAGCUCCAAGAAUCAGUGUUUGCUUUUCCAGAUCCAGUUUUCCCAGAAUCCCUAAAAACUCAGAAAGGAAACAUUUUAAGCACUAAAGACAUUUCCAGUGUGAUUCCCAACAACCUGAAUGUGUCAAACCGGCAUAAUAAAAAUACAGUCAGUGGAUGCAUCAUUUUAUGUGAUGGAUGGGAACUUUUUCACCCUAUUCGGAAUUGGGGGAAAUUUCCUGGACACUGUUGGACCAUGGAUAACAUGUUUAUGUUAAAACCCUCCAUCAUCCAGAAGUCUUUAAGUCCCAUUACUGAGGAUGAUGCAAACGGAAAUGUUAUCAACCUUCAAAGUCAUCUGCAAAUGUGUCGAAACUCCAACGAUCCGGGAGAGUCAGCGGGACAAGAUGGAAACGGGAAACGGAAGAAAAGCGUGUCCUUUGAUGAAGACGUCACAGUUUACCUGUUUGAUCAGGAGAUUCCAACCGUGGAGCUUCACUCUGAGUCCGACCCGUUCCAGCCAUUCAGCUGCUUUCAUCACGAGGAAGACUCUGGUUGGGAGUGGGAAGAUGACUUUCAGACUUUGGAGAACACCCACCAUUUCCAGACGGACCCUCACACCAUCUCCCUGCCAUCACUGGAAUGGACUUCAACGUCCAGGCCGAAGAACCGCGCUCUGCCCCACACCUGCCUGGUCCUCACCUACAUCCCUGAGUCAGACCUGGAGCUGUGAGGUGAAAAGGAUAAUUCAAGUCCAAGGAUGAAGUGCAAAAGAAAGGCAGUGAAGCCCUCCAGGAGGCCCUGGUCCGACCCGGAGCCAGAACUGGAGCCGGACACGGAGCCUGGCUCCAGCGAACAGGAAGGCUCCG